GGGUCGGCCUUCAUAUGCAGUUUAGAUAUUCAGGUAGUUGAGAGAAACAGAGACUUCCUAAUUCAAUUAUUGAAAUCAAGAUUAAAGAAAAUCAAACACAUUUUCCAGAUAGUCAAUGGCUGACUGCACCGGAGGAAGACAAAAAGAAGGCUACUCAGUGGAGGCGACGGCGGCGGUGAGGAAUCGGUUGUCCGGGCUCCGCCUUGACAGCACCUUCAAGUCUUCCUCCGUCGUUGAUCCCAAGAACCCUACGAAAACAUUGAAGAGGCGAUCCCCCACCCAAUCGCCGCCGGUAUCCGAACCCAACGCCAAGAAAGAGAAGCUUUCUCUCCCUCCUACUCCUCUUCUCCGCCGCUGCAUUUCCGACACUUUCUUUUUCAACCCAACUCCUCCGGCUCUCCAGUCUCCUCCGGAGCCUACUGUCACUGUUACACCGCCGUCACCACCACCACCUGCCCCAACAACCAAUAAAGUCUUCGCUUCUGCCUCUGACUCGGCCAUUAAUUCGAAGCCCAAACUCCGCCGCUCCGUCUCCGAUCCCACUCCUCGCUCACCGAAAACCGUCUCUGGCAGUGACGAGGAUGACGAAACUCCCAAUUCUAAGAGGCUUGCGAGGAUAAAGAACCGGGUAAGAGAGAUGAGCCUGUGGUUCCAACAAGUCAUGCUUGAUGAAGUCGAAGAUCACGAAGAAGGCGACGAAGAACAACACCAUCAAGAACAAGAUGAAAAUGGAGGCACGUCACCCGCUGAUCAGCAUGCUAAUCAUAACACUAACUCUGUCAGCGCUGCUGAGGAUGAUUGCGAGAGAAAAUUUGAAGAAUCAGUGAGGGUGGAGAGGUUGGAAGAGUGCCAAGUCAUUCGCUUCAGGUGCGGCUGCGGCGUUCCUUAUAACUUCCUUCUUGCCGGAGACAACUGCUACUACAAGCUCAUGUAGAUCCUUGUGGAGGCAACUGCUUCUACGAAAAGCACUUUUUAUUCUUGGCUUUCCCUACUGUUUCAUUUUGUUCUGUAUUUGUUUUCUUUCAUUCUUCUUUCGUUUUUGUUUUCGCUUUUCUGAAGUAGAAAAUCUGGAACAUAUGAUCUGAGACGAUGUAAAAACGACGGCAUUACUUUGUUUACUAAAUUGCAAGUACAAAUAAAUAAAGUCUUCGGGUUCUAUC